AUGCAAAAAUCUUCUUCCUCUCCUCCACCCAAUUAUAGUGUUCUCAUUGACACUCUGCCAAGUUGGACCAUUUUACUCACAUUUAUCUUCUUCUUUCUUUCAGUGUUUGGAUGUGUGGGUGUUUUAUUCUUUGCUCCAAAUUAUAAACAUUUUGUCACUGAUAAGAUACAAAAUGUCAUCAUGAAUGGAGUCAAUCUCCGACAAGUAUUAAAUGGAGAGAAACCAUUUGUCAUUCCAACUCCUCAAUUCAAAAAAGCCAAUCAAGAAAUUACCAUUUCAUUACUAUUUAAAGAAAAUACAGAGUUGGUGAGUGGAUUGACUCGAGAUGGUGUUGGAAUUACCAUCUUGUCCAUUCAAGGAAGUUCGGAUAAUACAGUCUUUCACAACAUGACGAAUCAUUCUUACAAAAUUACUCGAUCUCUAAAUUGUGAAGGAUCUUCUAAUAUUGGGAAUCACAACACUCCAGAGACUAGAUCCUCUUCUGUACUCCUUUCAAUGACCUCUGUUCUUGAUACAUACACCAAUUAUUUCUGUACUCCAAUGGUUAUUUAUAGAGAUCGUUACAUCACCUAUCCAUUCUAUAGAAUUGAAUUACAAUUACAGAAUGACAAUGGAUUGGCACAAUCCUUGCUUCGUGAUGAUGUUCUAUUUUAUCGUAUUGAAUAUGUCAAUAUAGAAUUUACUGAAUUUGAAUCUACUAUAAGAUAUUUAUAUUGUGCCAUUUCCAUUCUUGUAUUUUUAUUUUAUGGAUUUAUUUUACUCAAAUAUCAAAAAUAUUCUUAUGCCAAAACAGAACAGAAAUGGAUUUUAUUUUUAUUAUUAUUAUUAAUAUUAUUCAAUAAUCCUUUAUUUAUUGGUGAUUGGAUGGCCAAUGAUUGGUUAUUACCAUUCCUAAAUGUCAUAUUCCAAGCUACAUUUAUUAGUUUUUAUUUACUAUUUUUGAUGGUCAUUACUGCGAGUGCUAAUACUCAUCCUAAAGAGAGAACAUUUACUAGAUUUUAUUUAUGGAAAUUUAUCAAUUGUUUACUCUUUUGGACAUGUCUAUGUAUCAGUAUGCUGUAUGAGAGAUUUGAAACAUUUGGUGAUCGUGUCGUUUAUGAUUAUAUUUCUUUUGAAGAUCACUCAAUCUUUGGACUUUUCCGAGUGUGUGUCAUGUUCUUUGGAGGUAUUGCCACUCUUUUUAUUUUUUAUCAAAUUUUCAAAGCCUUAGGUGGUAACGAUUUUGUUCAAUUGGCCGAAAAAGUCAACAAGGCUUAUUUGAGUAACCAUGCUUUACAGCCCUCUCAUUCCUUAACAAGUAAUAAUAUUAUUCAUGAUCAACAAGUCAUUGAAUCUCUCAAACACAAAGUAGCUAUGAAUAUUAUUUCCUAUUCAAAUACUCAUCAAUCCUCAGUGAGAUUUAAAUACUUUUUCAUUCUCACCUUUUUAGUAUUGCUUUUAUUGUGUGCUAAUUUAUUUUCAUUUUUAUAUUUAAAUAAUGCGAAUAGUAGUGCUCAAUAUUUGGGAGUAUUUCCUCUCUUUAAUUUCUAUUGUAUCCUGUUAGCCAUUUAUUUCAUUCCAAGUUUGAAAGUCGAUGAAAGAGAUGUCUCUCAAAGUUAUAUCAACAGUAGUAGUAGUAGUAGUGGAUUGUUUUUCAAUAAUAACAAUACUCAUGGAGGUGGUGGUGGUGGUUCUUCUUCAAUGAUGAUGAUGAUGGAAUAUGGUCAAUCACAUCGUGAGAGAAGAGACUCUCAUGAAGAGAGAAUUCAAAGUGGUGGUGAUAAUGAUGAUGAGAGUGUAGAUGAUGAUGAUGAAAAUGAUGGUCGUCGUCAUCGUCGUCGUCAUGGCACAACUACCACUGCUGCUGCUGCUUCUGCCACUACCACUCCAUUCCACAACACAAGUCCCAUUCAGACCACUCAAAAAAGUGGUGGUGGUGGUGGUGAUGAAUCUACGACCACCAACAACAACACAACGACCACCAAUUCUCUCUUAUUAGAUAUUUAUGUGGAUGAUUCUUCAGCAGGACAACGCCAAUAA